AGUCCACAGUCCUAACUCGGCUUCAGGCUACGGUAGAUCGUAUCUUACGUCGGUUCGAUCUUGCCGCGAAUUCAUCUCGCGCGCACCAGCCUUGCCCCGGUCCUCAACUGACCCCUUCGCUACAACCGAUCGAACGACCUUCGAGUAUUAUCAAAAUUCCGAUACCAUUCUUUUAUUACACUUUGCAUCGAUAACGUUUCUAUCAGUUCUUUCCUCACCUUUUCCCCGAGUGCCGGUGAACCCAAUAAUUCAAGGAUAUUUUGCCGCUUCAAGGAUAUCUCGGUAGGAUAACAUAUCAAACGACUGGAGUCUGGGAGAUGCUUUCGGAAUCACAUUCCAGUUAGAGCUACGUCUGAUCAAAUAAAUCAGAAAGGAUGGCAGAAUCUGUAUUAAAACCUUCCUGCCUUAUUAGCCAUGACCUACCUCCACCCACGCAUCCGAACAGAACACUUCGAGACUGCUUUGCGCAGUGAAUCAGAUUAAAAGAUGCAAAGAACACUGUUGCCGUUGUUCUUAGCCCUCUUGAGUUAUUCUGGACUGACCAGUGGGCUCUGCAUCCUGCAGAAUGGUACAGUAGCUCGUUGUCACGAACUCGAAGAUGUCAAAUAUAUCAAGACCUACGACCUUGAUUCAUUGAAGGCUUCCAUACCAAUAUCUAUCCUUCAUUCGGGAUUUUUCGUCAAUUUGACUAGCCUUCGACAUUUAGAUCUUUCAGGAGGCGCUAUUAAGCAAAUAGAGCCAGGAAGUUUCAGUCAAUUGACGAAUCUAAGGAGCUUAAAUCUCGCUGAAAAUCAUAUCGAACGUUUGGAGUUAGGUUCUUUGGAUGGUUUAAAUCAUUUGCACAGUUUAAACCUUCGUAAGAACAAUCUCCGGCAUUUGCCGCCAGCCUUGGCUCGUUUAAAGAUUCUGAAACACCUGGACGUACAAGGUAAUCCGUUGCAAUGUGAUUGUGCAACGCUUAAAGUGAGAGACCUAAUCGUGAAAAGGGGCGUGAAAGUCUCGAAAAAAGUCUUUUGCGCCAAUCCGAGAAACAUGAAGGGAACGUCGUUGUUCAAGUUAGACACCGCGGUCAUUUGUCACUUUGAGGAGCAAGAUCGUGAGAUGCAGAAUGAUCAGGAGUACAAGGACUCGUUGGAAGAUUAUGGCUCUGGAGAUUCAUUCGAUAAAGAAGACGACAGCACGGAAUAUGUGAUUGAAGGCUCUACUGCCGAAGCUCCAAAGCUCGAAGACGAAACAUCGUUCCCAGAAAUUUCUGCUACCACUGAAUCCAAAACAACUGAAUCGUCACGAGAAGUUACUGCUGCUACGGAAGAACAAGAACUUCCUAUUCAAACGACAGAAACUGUUCAAUCGACAAUCAGCAAGGACGACGAGAUUUUCUUUGAUUCCGAGGAGAAAGUUAAGUUAAUUACGGUUGAGACUACAACAGAGAGAAAGAAAGUCCACGAAGAUGGCUUAUUUUAUCCGACGGAAGGUUCCGGCGACGAAGAAGACGGUUCUGGAGAAGGAUCCGGAACGGGAGUAGGUUUUGGUGAACAAGUUUACGAAACGGAUAACGACGAGAAGAAAGAUUCUUUCUUCGAGGGGCUUUAUCAUUUAUUUAUGGGUUCAACGAAACCAUCGGAGGAACCUAACUUGGAAGAAGAACAAUUUAUCGACGCAUCUUCGACUAAAGGUAUCGAAGAGGAGGAAUCACUUGUUAACAAAUCCGCGGUUGGAAAUGAUAUCGUACCGAAGAAUGUCGGCCUCGACGAAACAGUUCCAGGUACCACUGAAGUGGCUAUCAAAACUGACAUACCAACACCUACAAGUAGAGUUGAGUUAAUGGACAACGGGUUGCAUGACAUGACAAAAUUGGGCAAUGUUAAAAUGGACGAGGAAGAUACGGACGAUGGUCUGGCCGAGGUAUCUUCAGCGAAACAAUCGAAGAAAGGAAUGGGUUCUUAUGUUGUCCUAGCCGCUUUAUUGGCGAUUUUAGCAACUCUUAUAGGGUUUGCGGCUUAUAAAGGUGAUUUUUGUAGGAAAAGAAGGAAACGCAGUGACGUUGAGAAUGGAACCGAGUUGAGAGACAUGCAGAAAGCUUUACUGGAAACGGGAAAUUCCACGCAACCGAAAAUAGCUUCGAAUGGAAACGUGGAGAGCGCACCUUUGGUCGACGAUGCCACGGAUCAUGACGAGAUAAAGAGUUCCAAUGACUACCGUGUUACGGCGGAAAUACCGAAAUCUCCAAAUGAUACUUCCGAUCGUACAGAACCGUUAAAACCACCACGAUCGGUCACCCCGCAGAACGAUCAAAAGAUCAAAGAAACGAUCGGUCAGGAUGGAAAUUGCCCCAAAGAUGAUUCGUUGUCGUUACAGACAAACUCGGUAGAUCCAGUAACCAAUAGCAGCCCGAGUUUUCGGCUAGCAGAAGCGAACCAACCUCCCUUAAGUCCUGGUGCUCAGAGAGUAAAGAUCACCUUGCAAGAAAAUCCCGAUAGCGUGCCAAGGACGCCUAUACUCAUCACGAGAACAGCGGCUGGUGAGAAUCUAGUCAAGACGCCAUGAGGUAAAUUCAAUGCGAGUUAAGUGGAUGAAAAGAGUCGAAUCUAACCAGAGUGUCAAAACGAAAGCGCGGGGGAGAUUGGUGUGAUCGUGUGUUCCAGUUUAUAGAAUUCAUAAUGCCGUCAGUGUUCCUAAAUCCUUAUCCGGAUCCGGGCCUUGAUUUAAGUGCAUUUUUAUGAUAAAGUGAGACAUAGAAUUAUACUAUCAUUAUGUUUCGAGUGUGAAACGGAUUGCUCCAGUAAGUGAAAGUCCAUUUUCGUAGCGUAUAGUUCAGUGACGAUUCGUUUACUUGGUAUAGGAGAAAUGAGCGAAACGAAGUUGUUUGUACAUACUUGCAAAUAAUAGUCGUAUAUAGUAAUACUUCCGUUGUUUGUAUGAGGUUUGUGGAUGCAAAACUAUUUGAUACGUUUUAUAUACGAUUAUGCAAUAUUAGCACACUAGUCAGUUCUCUUAAGCAUCUUCCUUCCUGUAUGAACUCAGAUGGAAUUUUGGUACAAUAAGUUCCACUGGAAUUCUUUGAACUCGAUGUAUACCAUUAUUGUUUCAAUAUAGUAACAUGAACGAUACUAGAAUUAUAAGAAUAAUGUUUAACGUUAUAUUAAAAAUUUUCCUUAACUGAUUUAUAUAAGUCUAUAUAUAGUUUUCCUCAAAUUGUUCUUAAGAUAUUACAAUUGGACUGCAGAUUUUUAUGCACUUAUAAGAAACUUAAACACAAACAAAUGCAUAUAAUGCACAUAAUGCACAUUAUGCGCAUUAUAAUAAAAAUAUAUGAAAUAUCUAAAGCAUAUAUAAUAUUUAAAGGAUGAGAGAAAUUUUUAUUUUGGUUCUAUUUCUUUAGUGAAAUUUAAAAUUGUAUAAAUAUUCGUAAUCUAAUUUCAUUAUACUGAUAACAAGCAAAUGUUUCGUUUCGUGAUAUCAGAUGUCUUUCUGGAAGAAUACGAAAGAAUUGGACUUUCGCUAGCGGAACAUAUUAAUUAAAAAAUUAAUGUACAUAAAAAUUAACAAAUAUUUAAUAUUAAAAUUU